AUGCUUCGCCUUCACGCCAGCUUCGUCACACUCACGAUCCUCUUCUCCCUCGGUCUCAGUACCGUUCUCCAUCCUUCCCAGAGACCCCUCUCCUUCACCCAUCCACCCGACCCUCUAAACACCACCAUCCACCUUCCUCUCUUCGCAGACCUCGAAUUCCUUUCCCGCCUCGUUGACAUAUCCUACUGCGUCGGUACAUCUGGAAUCUACCAUCCUUUCAAAUGCCUUUCUCGCUGCGACCAAUUCCCCACCUUCGAGCUAAUCGAUACGUUUAAUACCGGACCUCUGCUAAGUGACAGUUGUGGGUAUGUUGCUAUCUCUCACGGUGGGGAACAGGGGAUGGGAAACAGAAACGGAAAAGAAUGGAAGAGUGGAGAUGGGGGUAAUGGGAGGAUAGUGGUAGCGUUUCGUGGGACGUACAGCCUUGCGAAUACGAUUGCAGAUUUGAGUUCUGUGCCGCAGGAGUAUAUUCCCUAUCCGGGGGAGCCAGGAGGUGAUGACGAGCAGCGGCAAAGUGCUCCGGAUUCAGAACUCCCCACCGAGACUUCUUCGACCGGGAAGGAGAAAAAAUGCAACAACUGCACAGUCCACACUGGAUUUUGGACCUCUUGGGAAAACACACGACCUUAUGUCAUUCCCCGCCUUAAAAAUCUACGUGCGUCAUACCCAGAUUAUCGACUCGAUCUUGUGGGCCAUUCAUUGGGUGGCGCGGUCGCUGCUCUUGCGGGGUUGGAAGUCGAGGCUUUAGGAUGGCAGCCGGUGGUUACGACGUUUGGGGAGCCGAGGGUUGGGAAUGUGGGGUUGAGGGAUUAUGUUGAUGAUGUUUUUGGUCUCCUUGGCGAGCAGGGAAAGGAGGGGACGGGGAAUCUUGGAGGGAAAUAUAGACGUGUAACGCAUGUCAACGAUCCCGUUCCCCUGCUGCCACUAUCUGAAUGGGGAUAUCGUCCUCAUGCGGGAGAAAUAUAUAUCUCGAAGCUGCAGCUACAGCCUGAACUUGACGAUGUGAGGUUUUGUGUUGGAGAUGAGGACACAGAAUGUAUUGCAGGGGCGGAGGUUGAUGCCGUGAGAGAUGCCGAGCGGUUGCGACUCAUGGUGAGGGAUGUUGAGGGUAUAAAAGCUGAGGACGCAGUUUCCGAUAUGCGGUGGCACUUCCCCGCGAGGUAUAAGAUGUGGGAGCUAUUCUUCUCGCACAGGGACUACUUCUGGCGAUUGGGACUUUGUGUUCCUGGCGGUGAUCCGUUGGAUUGGGGAAGAGGCCCGUAUGGGGAGCGGAAGGGAGAAUUGUGA